AUGCUAGUCCAUGAUGAUUGGUACCAUUUAAUGCUGAAUGUUGUCAUUCAGUGCAUAUUUGCUAUCCUACUGGAAAAAAGACAAGGACAUCUAAGAGUUGUCAUUCUUUAUAUAUUAGGUGGAAUAACUGGUGUUUUGGGGGCAUCUUGUAUUCAUCCGGACCUCGUGAUUGGUGCUUCCGCUGGAGUUUACGCUCUUUUGAUAUCAAAUAUUGCGGACAUUGUACUGAAAACACGUGCCGACAACAUAUUGACUGGAACCUUACAACAACAAACGGACCAAAUAAAAAAGGAUAUCGCCGAGUUCAAAGAAUCGUCCAAGGUAGAAACAGUUAUUGUCCUCUGGACAGCAAACACUGAAUGCUUCUCCAACGUUCUAGAAGGGGUGAACGAUACAGCAGAAAAUUUAAAAUCGGCAAUCGCAUCGAACAACCCGGAAAUACCACCUUCGGUGUUAUUUGCGUAUGCCUCCAUCGCAAUGGGCUGCACUUACAUUAAUGGGUCCCCCCAAAAUACCUUCGUACCAGGACUUAUUGAUUACGCGGAAAAAGAAGGCGUCUUCAUCGCCGGUGAUGACUUCAAAUCAGGGCAGACAAAAAUCAAGAGCGUGCUCGUGGAUUUCUUGGUUGGAGCCGGUAUCAAACCAGUCAGUAUUGUGAGCUACAAUCAUCUUGGGAAUAACGAUGGAUUGAACUUGUCGGCUCCGAAACAGUUCAGGUCAAAAGAGGUAAUGCCGCUCAAAAAUAUAAAGCAAUAACAAAUUAAAAUAUCC